UUUAAGAUGGCCGCGCCCAUGCACAAAUAAGUUUAUUUCGGAAACAUUGCAUUUAAUAUUGUGUCAGAACAUUUUAAUUGCCUUUACAUCGCACAACACAUAAUAUUAAGAUUUAUCCAAAAUGGAAACUUCAGAACAAUCCUGUGAAAUUUCCGACAGUAGUGGAACAAUCACUGAUUUGCCUGAGGAAAUUCUGGAGUUCAUUUUUAUGAAGUUGUCACCCUACAAAGACCUUAAAUCUGCUAGUUUAGUGUGUACACUGUGGCACAGAUUAGUUUCAGUUGUUCAGAGAAAGCUGAAGAGCUACUAUGAGCAGUGUGUGUUUACCUCAAACCUUGAGUGGUCUGUCAUUCGGCCUGAACCAGGUUGCAGAGUCACUGAAAGGUAUUCCCACAGCUGUUGUUACUUCGACAAAAGUCUGUACGUAUUUGGAGGGUGUACGGCCACCAAUACAACAUUGAAUGACCUCUGGAGGUUUGACCUUGCUAAUAGGGAGUGGAUUAGGCCCUUGGCCAGUGGUACAUACCCGUUCCCAAAAGCCUGUGCUACAAUGGUGGUAUACAAGGACAGUCUGAUUCUGUUUGGAGGUUGGAGUCACCCCACCCCCUUCCCAUUACACCAGGCAGCGAGAUUCUUCUCAGAGCUACAUGUCUAUAAACCGUCCCUGAAUCGGUGGACCCAUCUCACCACUCUGUCCCACCAGAGUCCCCAACCAUUGGCUGGACAUUCUGCGUCUGUCGUUAGAGAUACCAUGGUGGUGUUUGGAGGCUCACAGGUUCCCGGUGUUCGAAUAAAUGAGCUGUGGAUGUUUGAUUUUAAAACGAGCGAGUGGCGAUUUCAACGGGUCAAGGGACGGCUUCCUGAACCAAGAUAUGGACAUACACAGGUGACCCUGGAUGACAGUCAUGUGCUGAUCCUGGGGGGCAAGGGCGGAGGAACGGGACAAGUCAUUCCCAAUGUGGUAUUCAAAGAUUGCUGGCUUCUGACCAUUGGUGAUAAUUCAGAGUGUAAAUGGGAAGAAGUGAGUGUUGAAAAUGAGGACCAAGGACCACCCCAACUCUGGUGCCAUUCUGCUUGCAAGAUAGGAAAUAUGAUAGUGACUGUCUGUAGGCCUUCAAAAGUCCCAGAAUCCUUAACAAAACCGCAAAGAAGUCCCAAAAUAUCAGUGAAGCAGAAAAAUGUUUGGAUCCCUCCUAGGGAAGACCAAAUUAACCCACCAGCCAAUCAGAACUCAGAAAAUACCUCUGAAGAAGAUAUGGACCAAUCAGGAGCCUCUGGUUGCCCACGUGAUGAUGCAUCAUCCAAUGAAAACCCUUUAUUUGAAAAUUUGAAUAGUGCUGACCAGUCAGAGCAAUCAAGUGAUUCUCUUAACCAAAUUAGGGAAAAUGGAAACACAACAUUUAAUAUAAGGCCAGGAUUACCAAGUGUUAGACCAAAUGCAAUGAAGAAUAGACAAAAACAGUUAGAAGCUUUGUUGAAAUACGAGAAAAAAUUCCGUCACUCAGAAAAUUCAGGACCCUCCGCUAAUCUCAAUGAACAAAAACCAAGUAUGUCUCAAACACCAAGUAGCAACCAAAAUAAGCCAACAAAAUCUGUAAACCCUGCGUCUUUAAUGGUUCUUCAUGUCUUAGACAUUUCAAAGGUAUUGGAGACAAAAACUGUGCAAUGGCAGAAAUUGAACUUUGACCAUCUGGCUGGGUCUUCCCCGGAGACAUUGUUUUAUUCACUGGUCGAGGGUCGGGGAGAAAUUCUCAUGUUUGGUGGCAUUGAAAAGGACAUUCAUUCCCUACAGAGAGGGUUCGGGAUAAAAUCCCAUACAGUGAGAAGCUCACUAUAUGUUUUGUCCCCUGUGAAACAGUUACUGUAACUGAUUUGGGAGAAUGUUUUGUUUUUUACUUCUUGGCAUUUAAUGAUGUUGUUUUGCAUGUGGUUUAGUUAAGUAGAUGUGAUACAUGUUGGCUAUUUUAAUGAAAAGACACCUGGACUUAGAGAUUAAUUCAAUCUGGGAAUUUCAUGUCUGGUUUAAAUCACUUAAAAGAUGUUAACGUAAUAAAUUACAAUUGAAUGACAUACUAUUUUGUAUUAGGACAUCAUUGGAACAUCACAACAUGAUACUUACUGUGAAAUCAUUAAUGUUCGUGGGCAUGAAAUUUCGUGGUUUGCCGAAAAAAAACAAUUUCGUGGGUACUUGAAUUCGUGGAUUUUCUUUUUUGAAAAAAAAAUAAAUCGAAGAUGCGAUCGUCCUAGAUCGUCUGCAUAAUAUCCACGCGCUGGCCCGUGAUUUCUGUCUUCUACGUCACUCGGUUUAUGACACUCGUUAAUGUGGUACGACAUGCCAAUUAGUGCAUAUACCCAUGUCACUUAUCGAUUUAAUUGGGAAUAAAGGUAAUAAAAGAAGAUGUACCCUGAUCAUAAAUACAGAUAGGGGAAGCCAUUGAAUGCCAAUUAAGAAUUUUGCAAACUGUGAAAACACCGAAAAGGUGCUUAUAUUGUCACGUUCGGUGCUUAGUAACCUUCAAUAUACUAGUAAUUGAUUAAUUAUUUUAUUAAAUAAAAAAAAUCGAGUAUGGACACUCAUCACGCACAUCUUGUAAACUUGGAUAAUCUUGUAAACUUGGAUAUUUUCAUUAACAGCACACGUUUAAACACGUGCUUAUAACUGUCAUUUGCUGCAUAAAACACAUUUAAUUGAUUUGGUUCGUUAUUAUUUGUUAAAGGCAGUUAUAAUAUAUUAACAGAAUAAUGAUCGUAAGUUAUACAGUGAGACAGGUUUUAACACUGUAUACUGACACCUCUGUAAAGAAUAUACUAGAGUAUGUACGUAAAAAGGCAAUUGAAAAAGUGAAUAAAGGGUUUAUAUUUCGUGGGAUCUUGAAUUCGUGGAUCACCCAACCCACGAAAACCACGAACAUUAAUGCCCCACGAACAUUAAUGAUUUCACAGUAUCAUAGUUUAAGUUUAGUAGAGUGGAAUGCUUUAGCUUAAGCACUCCACGAAAACCAUUUAAAUUACUACGACUUAAAUUGUUACUGCAUAUAAUUUUAUGCCACCACAAAAAUGGUUGCAUGAAGAUUUGCUCUCGUCCAUCCGUACGUCCAUAAGUCUAUAAGCUCGGGCCAACUUAGGGUGGUUUAGGGAAUGAGUUCAUUAGUGUUAGGAGUUUAUUUGUUAUGUUUUCUUUUGAAAAACCCAUAAAAAUACAUGUUUUAGGUGCUUUUUAUGUUAAAGAAGGAAAAACCACAUACACAAGAAAUGUUGAAACGUCCAUGUAUUCGUCCGUCCAUAAUUCCAUUCUUAAGUAUUAUGCGAACUUGUGUCACUCAAAACUCCAAAACCACAUAACCUGGAGUCAUGAAACCUUAGGGAAAUAUUAAGUGAUUAAGUUGUGCACCUGGGAUUUGCUUCCCGCUGCACUUAGUUAAAUCAGAGUUAUGGCCAUUGAAUGAGCUAAAAUUGGCAUAUCUGGUCUUGUGUUGCCACAAAACAACUCCAAAAUUGUUUCACCAAGAGUCAACAAACCUUUGGGAAAUGUUAAUUAGAUGAUGAAGUUGUGUACCUGGGAUUUCGUUUCCCACUGCACUUAGUUUUUGAACACAUAAUUUGGAUGCACGUUUAUAGAGAAUAGAAUAGAAAAAAUAAUGGCCCUUGCUUUCUUACGGACACAUAUCUAGUUCAUAUUAAAAAAACCUUGACAUAUAUGACUUAUUUACAGUGUUAAAAUAUAAUUCUGGAGAACGGAACAAUUUAAUUUCUCCCUUUAACAGUCUUGUAUGGUUCAAACAGUUUGAAUCAUUCAUGUGUUAUAGCCCUUUAAAAAUAGAAUUACCUAAAAUUGGUAUUGUCCAAUCAUUAACUUUUGACGCCAUUAUCAAAUCAUCACCAAAUUAGGUCAGAGUGUGUAUGGCUAGAUUUUCUUGGUCAGGUUCAUUCACCAGCUACAUGUAUGUAACCUCAGUCACUCAAGAGUUAUGACCCUUGAAUGGCAAGAAACAUAUUUAUCGGGUCUGCUCUCUCAAUUUGGCUUUACCUACAACCACAUAUCACCAAAUUUGUUGUCCUUUAAUAAGCACACACAUAUUUUGUGACAGUUGGCGCUUCUGUUUCACGUAAACUCAUUAUAUUGCUUAAUUAUUGCUUAAGUCUGGAUGUUUUUGAAAACCACACACAAUGUUAUAAUUUAAUGUACACACAAUGCUAUAAUUUAAUGCAUUGCAUAAUUUUGUUUUGUUAGAAAUUUUACAUGUUUAAACACAUUUGAUUUCAAUAAAAUUAUAUACUUGAAUCCA